AUAUAAUAUGAAAUAUAACGAUUAAAAGAUUACUUAUUUAAAUCUCAAAAUAUUAUUAUUGAUAUUUCUGAGACCUUUGGUGGUCCCUAAAAUUUUGUGCCUGAAGUAAGUGCUUCUUCCCUCUAAUCCCAGCCCAUUAUUAUUUCAUCGUAAAACUCAGCAAACAUUACAAAGUGCCGCAUUACAGAGCAAGGCUCUCCCCAAGAAAAAAUGCAUUUUCUUUUGCCUUUUUCCUCUGUGUUUGAGAUCAUACUUGAUCUUCACCAGGAGUUCAAGAGCCAGCAAAGAGUGUGCUCUUGGAUUCAUGCCAGUUGUGCCUGACUGAAGUCUUCCUGCAGAGAACGCUGGGGAGUCAACAGCUCAGGAGGGUGGAGAAGUGUUAGGUGGACUUGGGAUGAUUGCCUAUCAGAUCUUGCCUUUUCCUGGCAAUAGAAUUAUUAUGAAGUCAUUGACUUUCUCUUUGCCUUGGGGCGGAAAUAAGUCUGCUAUCCUCAAAUAAUCAAUCUGAUCUCAGUCAAAUGCCAAACAGAACUAAGAUUCUCAGCCCUGAGGUGGCCAUAAAAUCAAGACAAUUUUUCUCAAAGUGUGUUUGGUGUCUCAGCAACAGCUUCUGUGAGUUCUGUUUUCCCCCAGUUUCCCUGCGGGUUCAGGGUGAACUAUAACUGGCAUGCUGGAAGGGAAGAUGAUAUACAUCAACUCACCCAAACAAGUUUUGACAUUUCACCUGAGAUGUCAUCCUCUAUCUACUCACUACACGUGCCUGCUGCUCCAGGCCUUACUGCUGGGCAAUGAUGAUGGGGCUGGGAUGGAGACAGAAUAAAAGAUCUGGGACCUGUAGCAGGAACUCACACUCAGACCUUGAACAAGCAUCUGGAAGCUACUCUUUGAGGCGGCUCAGCAGUUUUCCUUACUCCUGUGGUUUCCAGAUUCUGGCACAAGAUGAAAAGUUCUUGUCUCCCCCUCUGCCUUUCCUUGGCUGUGUUUUCUCUCUUCUGGACACCUUCUGCUGGGCUGAAGACACUCAAUUUGGGAAGCUGUAUGAUCACCACAAACCUUGAAGAAAUGCAAAAUGAAUUUUCUCAGAUAAGGGAGAGAGUGCAAGCCAAGGAUGAAAUCAUGGACCUCAAAAUCUUGAAAGCUGAGUUUUUCCAAGACACAAGGCCUGAAGAUCAGUGCUGCUUCCUUAGCCAUAUUCUGGAACUCUACCUGGUCAUGGUAUUCAGAAACUAUCCGACUCCUGACAUUGAUAUCCUCCGGAAGAUCAGCAGCCUCGCCAACUCUUUCCUUGCUAUCAAGAAGAACCUCUCGCUCUGUCAUGACCAAAUGACAUGCCCUUGUGGAGAGGAAGCACUGGAGAAAUUCAACCAGAUUCAGAAUCACUUCAAACAGCUUGAACUUCAGAAAGCGGUGGUGAAAGCUGUGGAAGAGAUAGACAUUAUCCUGCAAUGGAUGGAGAAGGCGAGAUAGGAGCAAAGUGAUGAUACCGCUGACGGUACUUCUGGCCGAGUCCACUCCUGAGAAUUGUGAAGACAUGAUCCCAAACCACCAUCUCUUUGCUUCAUCAUUUAGUGCUGAUCACUGUGUAUAUUUAUUUAAUAUUUAUUUCCUUAUUGUGAUUGUUUUCAUUUAUUAAUCUACACCAUGGGUUUAUAAGAUUUUGUUACUGUUGGAUAUAUUUAUUGGUUAAUUAAUUAAUUAAUUAAUUUCUGCUAUUUAAUCUAUUUACUUUUGUACUUGUCUUUAAUAAUUCAUAGAUAAUAUUCAUGGCUAGGGCACAUUAUAUGUUUUCAAACAGUGAACAAAUUGUGACUUCUGGACAAAUGGCUGGGGUGGGUAGUCACUUUUAUUAAAUGAAGGGCAUAUUUACUGACUGCCACAAUGGUUUUGUAAAUGGAGACAAUGGUUACUAAAUGGAAGGUGGGAAAGAAGUUCCAAUGGAAAAUUAUAGAUCUGCCUCACAAUUAAUGACCACCCCCCCCCCCCCAACUCCCCAUCCCCAUACUUGUGUAUCUUCCAGCUGUGUAAUCCUAUAUGGUAAAAUUGUAUUCCACGAAUAAAGUUUCCUUUGCAUAAUA